AAACGCAGCACACGUCUUUGCUUAGUCGUAGCCUCUCUCUCUGAAUAUUGUAUUAUCAGUUAUCGGUUUUGUUCUACUGAGUGUAUUUUUGUUGAGUGUUGUCGGGGAAUGCAUUCUCAAUGGAUCCCGAAAACGAUGUUUACGCUUUCUACGAUAUUAGAGGUUUCAAGGGGAAAUGUAGACCGGCGGGACCAACAAAAUCGCAACAAUUUCUGCAACCGCGAAUGUCACUCCUAGGGAAGCCGCUCAAUUAUAAUCGCGGCACACAUCGCCGCGAUGCGCGCUACCGGCGGAUGCAAAGUCGACUCUACAAUUUCCUGGAGCGACCGCGGGGCCUGCAUGCAAUAUUCUAUCAUGUGAUGGUUUUUCUGAUGGUGUUCACAUGUCUCGCACUGAGCGUGUUUUCCACCAUCAAGGAGUACGAGGAGGACGCUGUGUAUAUAUUAUUUCGCAUGGAGAUCAUAGUCGUCAUCUGGUUCACCAUGGAGUUCGGAGCGAGACUUUGGUCCUCGGGCUGUCGCUCUCGCUACCAAGGAACACUGGGGCGACUCAAGUUCAUCAAGCAACCAUUUUGUAUUAUAGAUAUUAUCACCAUAUUAGCCUCAAUUGUAGUAUUAGGCAUGGGCACCUCUGGCCAGGUGUUUGCCACAAGUGCGUUGCGUGGCCUGCGAUUCUUUCAGAUACUUCGCAUGGUGCGCAUGGAUCGACGUGGCGGCACCUGGAAGCUGCUCGGCUCGGUUGUAUACGCACAUAGACAGGAGCUCAUCACUACUAUGUAUAUUGGAUUCUUAGGCCUAAUCUUUGCAUCAUUCCUAGUUUACAUGUGGGAGAAGGACGUCAACGAUAAGUUCAACAAUUUCGCCCAGGCACUUUGGUGGGGCGUGAUUACGCUGUGCACCGUUGGCUAUGGCGACAUGGUGCCCAUCACCUGGCAGGGCAAAUUGAUAGCCUCCUGCUGUGCUCUAUUGGGCAUAUCCUUCUUUGCGCUGCCUGCGGGCAUUCUGGGCAGCGGCUUUGCGCUGAAGGUGCAACAACAGCAGCGGCAGAAGCACAUGAUACGGCGUCGUCAGCCGGCGGCAACACUCAUCCAGGCCGUCUGGCGUUGCUAUGCGGCCGAUGAGCAUUCCGUUUCAAUUGCCACCUGGAAGAUACAUCAGGUGGCUCUACCAAGUCCGCCCGCCUCACGGGCCUCAUCCAGUUUUAAGCACAACACAUCCUUCGUCGCCCGCCUGCCGACGAUAAGGCGUCACAAGAGCCAGACAAUCCAGACGCCUGGUGGCGAUGGCUCAACGCUGUCCAAGCCACCUGGCUCAUCACGUGCCUCCACUCGCUACACUCGAACCAUACGCGACAUCAACGCAUCUGUGGAGAAUCUGGAGGUAGUACAAAAUGGCAAAUCCAUGAAUCCAAGUUUUAGCGAAGAUUCAGUUGCUGAAACAACUUGCUUAAAAAAUAUUAAAAAUUCAGACGAUGAGGAUGAGGAGCCGCGUUGCACGCAGCUGACAAAUCGUCACAAGAUCGCCAUACGCUUUAUACGCAAGCUCAAGUACUUUGUUGCACGCCGCAAGUUUAAGGAGGCUUUGAAGCCGUACGAUGUCAAAGAUGUCAUGGAGCAAUAUGCGGCAGGUCAUGUGGAUCUGCUGGGUCGCGUCAAAAUGCUGCAUUUGCGACUUGACCAAAUACUGGGCAAACAAGGCUCCAAGGCGAAGGACGUGUAUGCCUCGAAGAUCAGUUUAGCCUCGCGUGUGGUUAAGGUCGAGCGUCAGGUGGUGGACAUUGAGGAGAAAUUGGAUAUUCUCAUCAAGGCCUAUAUGGAGGAUCGUGAUAGAUUCUUAGCGCUUCCGUUGCCCGCAAAUCCGAAACCCAAAAUACAUUCCAUUAGCCCUAGUCACAGUCACCAGCUGCAUCACAACGCACACAAUCAGAACAUGAUCGAUGUGUGGAAGCGAACGGCGACGCUCAGCGUGCAUCCCGAGCUGGUGACGACCGGCGCAUCCUCGUCGGCGGCCUCCUCAGUGGAUCGCCUGGACAGCAAUGAGACGGCGCUGACCUCCACGCAGACGGCAACCAUAACAACGGAUGCGAUUGCCACACAAACACCAAUGCCGCAUACACAGCAUACAGCGACCAAUACUAAGUCUUCCGUGCUUAACUCAUAUCAGCUACCGCCUGAGAAGCAACAGCACAAUGAUGUAUUUAUGACUGAUUUAGAGAAUAGAACUAAAAAACGCGUUACUUUAAGCCUGCAUAGAUCCACAUCGGAGCCAUAUAGCAAACACGAGCAGCGCAUCAAUAUGCCAGAUGAGGGCGCACAAUCCUUGGAUUCCAGUGCGAAGCCAACGCCGCCAGAUAGUUCAAUUAUCCUUAUCGAUGAGUACGAGGAUUUCGAGGAGGAGGAUCUGAACUGCGAGGGCGAGAUGGAGCAUUUCCCAUCGUGGGAGAUUGACAGCGACAUUGGCGCCGAUGGCAUGGAUGUCGAUCCAGAUGGUGACUGUGAUGAGUCCACGGAGGACACGGCUCUCCUGCAAUGCGCCACGCGCACCGCCAUUGUUAUAACACCAAUUAGCCCAGUAAGCUCCGCACUCAAUCUUCAAAGUUUGAAUGACCAAACAACAACGCUUAAUAAAUCAAAUUUGCUUCCGCCAGAUUCUGGUUAGUUAAAAUGCAAUUGAAAUUAGUCGAUAUGUAAUAUCUAUUAUAUUAAUAAUAAUAAUAAUAAUUAUUAU